AUGGUUCGUCGUUUGAGUGAAAGGGAAAGAAUCGAAAUUUUGAUGAUGAUCGGUUACGGGGACAGAGCUCGCACACAAGUAGAAGUUUGCCGUUUAUUUAAUAACAAAUAUCCAAACAGAGAACCAAUUACACAGUCCACGGUUAGUAAAAUAGAGCAAAAGUUUUUAGAAAUGGGUCAUGCGAGAGAUCGCCCUAGAACGGGUCGUCCACCAGUACAAGAAGAUGUUAAAUUGAAUGUUCUACUAGAGCUUCAAGAAAAUCCCCAUUUACCCACCCGCCAAGUGGCGGCAAACAACGGAAUAGUUCAAAGCUCCGUCUUAAAAUAUUUGAAAUUGUACAAAUGGCAUCCGUAUAAAGUGGUUUUGGUCCAACAAUUAAACGAAGAUGAUCCUGACCGUAGGUUACAGUUUUGUGAAACCAUGUUGCAACGCCUGAUUGAUGACGACGGAUUCUUACGCAAUAUUAUUUUUUCUGAUGAGGCUACCUUUUAUCUCGACGGCACAGUAAACCGGCAAAACUGUAGAUAUUGGUCUCCUGAAAAUCCACACUGGAAAAUGGAAACUCGUAGUCAGUUUCCACAAAAAGUUAACGUUUGGGCUGGCCUUGUUGCUAACCGCAUUUUGGGUCCAUUUUUCAUUGAAGGCGCAUUAACAGGUGAAAAAUAUUUUGAAUUUUUAAGAGACGUUUUAGUCCCUGCACUUGCGGUGCUUUACCCAAAUGACGUAGAUCCCGAUCUGCCCAAUAACACGAUAUGGUACCAACAAGACGGUGCACCUCCUCAUUUUGCAGUGAUCGUUCGCAACUAUUUAAACCAAAUAUUUGCUAACCGUUGGAUUGGUCGAAGAGGAACUAUCGAAUGGCCCCCUAGAUCUCCGGAUCUCACUCCCCUAGACUACUUUUUAUGGGGCUAUUUAAAGAGCAAAGUCUACUUCAAUAGACCAAAUACCAUUGAAGAAUUAAAGGACAGAAUUCGCAAUGAAAUUCGAGCCAUUCAACCAGAUAUUCUUCAUAAGGUUCUGCAGGAGUUUCAGUGGCGAAUGGGAUAUUGCCAAGAAGUGAAUGGAGGUCACUUUGAAAAUUUCCUCUGA